UGAUAAUAUUUUAUAUUUUAUUGUAAAAAUAAGAUUACAAUCUCAGAUUUUAAAAUAGUCAUAAUGAAUACUAACUUUGGGAAUAUAUCGGGGUUGUGCCGUAGUUGCAUGAAAGAAGUUGCAUCUUGGGAGAGAGAAAAUUUCGAUACCAAAGCUGUGGAAAUGUUUAGCUACUGCACUAACUUAGUGAUUGAGAAUGAAGAAAAACUUCCCAAGCAGUUUUGCUACGAUUGCAUAAUUAAAAUUGAGUCCAGCUACACUUUUAUCAAGAGAGCGCAAAAUGUUGAUGCCACAUUGAAAAAUAUCGCCUCCAGAAGUGAGACCAGUGUCAUAGUCGAGAGAGAGGUGUCCAAAACCGAGUACAAAGAUCAAAACAAGCUACAGCUGACUUUGCCAGAUUAUAAACUAUCCAUUGGUAUCAAUGAAUUCAAGCAUGAUACUUGUAUACAAGAUUACAGUACUGCCCAUACACAAAAUAUACAACAGAGUAAUGAACCAGAAACUGUAGAGAAGAUAGAGUGUAUUAUAAAUACUUCAGUUAUUUUAGAUACUGGGAAGAAGAAAAAAGAUCCUAUAUUAGAAAAUGAAACAAAGAAAAAUGUGUGCCCACUUUGUAAAAAGGCUUUCACAUCCAAAAUCUGGUACAACAAACACAUGGACAAAGAGCAUGCUGGUAAUAAAUAUCUAUGCACACAGUGCCCAAAAUCUUUUGCUAGACCAUCGCAGCUAGCGUACCACUCCGCUAGUCACUCGAAUGAAAGGAAAUUCAGUUGCACCACCUGUGGCAAGAGUUUCAAGCGCAAAAAACAACUUACCAUACACACGAGGGGCCACUCGGAGGUCAGACCUUUUGGAUGUGACAAGUGCCCUAUGAGAUUCAAAUUGAAAAGCAUACUGAAAGGUCACAUGAAAGUGCACGAGACUACAAAAAUGUACCUGUGCUCCUUCUGCGGAUGGAGCUUCUCUCAAGCUAGUAAUCUACGCGUGCACAUGCGCACACACACGGGUGCGAAGCCGUACGCGUGCAGCGAGUGUAGUUUCCGCGCGGCGGCCGCGUCGUCGCUGCGGCGCCACCAGCGCAGGCACGCCAAUGCGCGCGCGCAUGUCUGCACUCAUUGCAGGAAAGGAUUUUUUGACGCUAGUGGAUUGGCGCGUCACGUGCGCACUCACACGGGUGCGCUGCCGUACAAGUGUCCGGGAUGCGCGCGCGCGUUUGUCGACAGCUGGAAGCGCAAGACGCAUCUCAUGCGCGCGCACCGCCUCGCGCUCGCAGACAUACCGCGCAUGCGCAGAGACGGCACCGCUAUCACGUGAAUAUAGAAACAAGGGACAGUUGUAUUAUCGGGCCCCUAGACCUACAAAUAUUGAGCAAUAUUUUAUUGGACAGUAAGAUUGAAAGCCGGGCGCGUUCAAUAUUAACCCUAGACGGUCAAUAAUAUUGCAAAAUACGUGAUAUUACGCAAUAAAAUUGAUAGUCUAGUGGUCCUGCUUAGGUACCGAUUUAUGUCUACUGUGCAAUAAAGAAUGACAGAUUGUUUA